UUCCUCACACUUUCCUCUCACGCGUGCUCUCUCUCUAUUAUCAUCUUCUUCUUCAGCAGUUCAUACCUAUGGACUAAUUUUACUCUUCUAAUUUCCACUAAACAAUAACUUUAACAAAUCUCGAGCUUUCUUCUUCCAAAAAAAAUUCAAUUUCUAGGGUUUGAUACUCUCUCUCACCUCUCAGCUCAACCAUGGCUUCAAUCAUCCAAGAAGGAGGAGAGAGAGAUUUGGAGAAGGGACUGAUGACUCCUUCACAAAGUCAAAACCCUCUGGCCGAGCCGUCGCCAACUCCGUCGCCGUCGUCGGCGACUGCACCAGCUCUGGUCCUAUCGAAUUCGGGAAAGCGGAUGGAUCAAGCUGGAAAGAAGAAGUACGUGAAGCAGGUGACCGGCAGGCACAACGACACGGAGCUGCAUCUGGCGGCGCAGCGUGGUGAUCUGGCGGCGGUGAAGCAGAUUCUUGAUGACAUCGAUUCGCAGAUGGUGGGGACUCUGAGCGGAGCAGACUUCGAUGCGGAGGUUGCAGAGAUUCGGGCAUCGGUGGUGAAUGAGGUGAAUGAAUUGGGAGAGACAGCGUUGUUCACUGCCGCGGAUAGAGGGCAUCUUGAUGUUGUGAAAGAGUUGUUGAAGCAUUCCAAUAAGGAAACUAUCACGAAGAAGAAUCGGUCCGGGUUUGAUCCUUUGCAUAUAGCUGCGAGUCAAGGACACCAUGGCAUUGUCCAGGUUCUACUAGAGCAUGACCCAAGUCUAAGUAAGACAAUUGGCCAAUCGAAUGCAACCCCUCUUAUAUCUGCAGCUACAAGAGGGCAUACGGCUGUAGUUAAUGAACUGCUGUCAAAGGAUUGCACCUUGUUGGAGAUUUCUAAAUCCAAUGGGAAAAAUGCAUUGCAUUUAGCUGCUAGACCAGGACAUGUAGACAUUGUGAAGGCAUUGCUAGACAAAGAUCCCCAAUUGGCAAGAAGGACAGAUAAGAAAGGACAGACUGCAUUGCAUAUGGCUGUAAAAGGGCAAAACUGUGAGGUGGUGAAAUUGCUUCUCGAUGCUGAUGCGGCUAUUGUGAUGCUGCCAGACAAGUUUGGGAACACAGCAUUACAUGUAGCCACCAGAAAAAAGCGAGCAGUGAUAGUGAAUGAGUUGUUACGCCUACCAGACACCAAUGUUAAUGCGCUGACCAGAGAUCAUAAGACAGCUCUUGACAUAGCUGAGGGGCUUCCCCUCUCUGAAGAGUCCUCAGAAAUUAAAGACUGCCUUUGUCGCUAUGGUGCCGUCAGAGCUAAUGAAUUGAAUCAACCGAGGGAUGAGUUGAGGAAAACCGUCACUCAAAUCAAGAAAGAUGUCCACACCCAGCUUGAACAAACCAAGAGGACUAACAAAAAUGUUAGUGGAAUUGCCAAAGAGCUCAGAAAACUCCACCGAGAAGGGAUCAAUAAUGCCACCAACUCAGUAACUGUAGUGGCUGUGCUUUUUGCUACAGUUGCCUUUGCUGCUAUUUUCACUGUGCCUGGUGGGGAUGAUAAUGAUGGGAUGGCUGUGGUGGUGAGCAGUACUUCUUUCAAAAUCUUCUUUAUCUUCAAUGCCAUUGCGCUUUUUACGUCCUUGGCCGUUGUGGUAGUUCAGAUUACAUUGGUUAGAGGUGAGACAAAAGCUGAAAGACGCGUUGUGGAAGUUAUUAACAAGCUGAUGUGGUUGGCUUCUGUGUGCACUUCGGUGGCAUUUAUGGCCUCCUCUUAUAUAGUGGUUGGUCGAAAAUACGAGUGGGCUGCAAUUUUGGUUACAGUUGUGGGAGGUGUGAUAAUGGCUGGGGUACUUGGCACCAUGACUUAUUAUGUGGUGAAGUCCAAGAGAACUAGGUCGAUGAGGAAGAGAGAGAAGCAUGCAAGGAGUGGAUCCAACUCGUGGCAUCACUCCGAGUUUUCCAACUCAGAAGUAGAUCGGAUUUAUGCCCUUUGAUGUGAUAAUUCCUAGCCUCUGGGAUCAGGACUCUGUGUAAUAAGUUUUUAAAGGUGUUUAGGAGAACUACUUGCCUGUUACAUUCUUAGGGACAGAAUGUUCAAUUCUAUCAUGAAUGCGAACAAGUUCUAUGAAAAUAUAAUUACCAUGAAAGAUCCAUGGAAUUGCUAAUAGAUAACGAUACUUCAAUGGAGGUGGCGUUGCGCAAUUUUAGGCCGGUUUAUGUUUGUAUAGAUGAAGGAAAAAUGGGCAGAAACUGUAGUUUUUUGCUUGCCAUUUUGUGCUCCAUGUAGAAUUUGAAGACCUGAAAGUGGGACAGGAAAGAGGUAAAAGAAGGUGAGCUUGAAACCAAACUAUGUAUGUAUGCUAUUUUGUCAUUUUAUUUCUGCCCGAAUGAAGUUGAUUUUAUGAAGCCAUGGCCGAAAGUACUUGGAGACUGUAAUCUGCUUGGUGGAUAUUUAAGCAUUUCAAAGAAGUCUACUCGUUUCAAA